CAACCACCGAAAUACAAAUACACACUCACUCGUAGCAACAGCAGACAUGUCUGGACGUGGCAAAGGCGGAAAAGUGAAGGGAAAGUCAAAGUCUCGCUCCAGUAGGGCCGGACUUCAGUUCCCCGUCGGCAGAAUCCAUCGUCUACUACGCAAGGGCAACUAUGCCGAGCGUGUAGGAGCUGGUGCUCCAGUGUACCUGGCAGCCGUCAUGGAAUACCUAGCAGCAGAAGUACUUGAGUUGGCCGGCAAUGCUGCACGUGACAACAAAAAGACCCGCAUCAUUCCUCGUCACUUACAACUGGCCAUCCGUAAUGACGAGGAACUGAACAAGCUUCUUUCGGGUGUCACCAUUGCACAAGGUGGUGUCCUACCCAACAUUCAGGCUGUUCUUUUGCCCAAGAAAACCGAAAAGAAGUAAGCUCUGUUUUCAGGCUUUCAAAACCAAACAUUACAGGCUCCUUUUGGAGCCACACAUUAAUUUAAA